AUGCCCACCAACGGGCUGCACCAGGUGCUGAAGAUCCGGUUCGGCCUCGUCAACGACGCCGGCCGCUACCUGACGGCCGAGAGCUUCGGCUUCAAGGUCAACGCCUCGGCGCCCAGCCUCAAGAGGAAGCAGAUGUGGGUGCUGGAGCCGGACCCGGGCCAGGGCAGCGCCGUGCUGCUCCGCAGCAGCCACCUGGGCCGCUACCUGUCCGCCGAGGAGGACGGGCGCGUGGCCUGCGAGGCCGAGCGGCCGGGCCGCGACUGCCGCUUCCUGGUCCUGCCGCAGCCCGACGGGCGCUGGGUGCUGCGGUCCGAGCCGCACGGCCGCUUCUUCGGCGGCACCGAGGACCGGCUGUCCUGCUUCGCCACGGCCAUCUCCCCGGCCGAGCUGUGGACCGUGCACCUGGCCAUCCACCCGCAGGCGCACCUGCUGAGCGUGAGCCGCCGGCGCUACGUGCACCUGUGCCCGCGGGAGGACGAGAUGGCGGCCGACAGCAACACCCCGUGGGGCGUGGACGCGCUCAUCACCCUCAUCUUCCAGAACCGCCAGUACUGCCUCAAGUCCUGCGACAGCCGCUACCUGCGCAGCGACGGCCGCCUGGUGUGGGAGCCCGAGGCCAGUGCGCGCUACACGCUCGAGUUCAAGGCGGGCAAGCUGGCCUUCAAGGACUGCGACGGCCGCUACCUGGCGCCCGCGGGGCCCGCCGGCUCGCUCAGGGCGGGGCGCAACACGCGGCCGGGCAAGGACGAGCUCUUCGACCUGGAGGAGAGUCACCCGCAGGUGGUGCUGCUGGCCGCCAACCGCCGCUACGUGUCGGUGCGGCAAGGGGUCAACGUGUCAGCCAACCAGGACGAAGAGCUGCACCACGAGACCUUCCUGAUGCAGAUUGACGGCGACACGGGGAAGUGCACCUUCUAUUCCAGCACCGGAGGCUACUGGACCCUGGUCGCCCACGGGGGCAUCCAGGCCACGGCCACGCAGGUCUCUGCCAACACCAUGUUUGAGGUGGAGUGGCGCGGCCGGCGGGUGGCCCUCAAGGCCAGUAACGGGCGCUACGUGUGCAUGAAGAAGAACGGACAGCUGGCGGCCGUCAGUGAUUUUGUGGGUGAGGACGAGGAGUUCAUCCUCAAGCUCAUCAACCGGCCCAUCCUCGUGCUCCGGGGCCUCGAUGGCUUCGUCUGCCACCGCCGCGGCUCCAACCAGCUGGACACCAACCGCUCGGUCUACGACGUCUUCCACCUGAGCUUCAGCGACGGCGCCUACCAGAUCCGAGGCCGCGGCGGCGGGUUCUGGAACACCGGCAGCCACGGCAGCGUGCGCAGCGACGGCGAGCGCCCCGAGGACUUCCUGUUCGAGUUCCGCGGCCGGGGCCGCCUGGCCAUCCGCGCCCGGGGCGGCAAGUACCUGCGCGGCGGCGCCUCGGGGCUGCUGCGGGCCGACGCCGACGCGCCCGCGGGGCUCGCGCUCUGGGAGUACUGAGCCUGCGUCGCGGCCUGGCGGCUCCGGGGCCCGCGGGCGGGGUGGCGGCCGCUGGGAUCUCGGGGGGCUCCCGG